AUGAAGAUUUGGUUUGAAUUCAAGGAUGUAUUCCCUGAAACUGUUCCGUGCGAAUUACCGAAGGAUAAAGGUAUUCGACACGAGGUCGAGCUCAAACCAGGCUCGAAGUGCUGUGUCAUGAAGCAGUGGCCACUGCCUCGUGAACAAGUACUUGCGAUCGACAAGUUCUUUGCCGAUCGUUUAGCUGCGGGCCAUGUGAGGGAAUCAACUUCCCCACAUAGCUCUCCGACCUUCUGUGUGCGAAAAGCAACAGGAGGGUGGCGGAUAGUGCACGCGUUCAACAAAUUGAACGCUGCAACGGUACCGGCUCAGACGCCGAUACCGAGGAAGGACGUAAUCAUUGAUGGCACGUCAAAGAGUACCAUCUAUUCGUCCAUGGAUUUGACGGAUGGCUUCUAUUAA